UGGAAACAGUAACUUUUAGCCGCGAGCUCUGUCACUGAGCAUGCGCAGUGAGCUCGCUCGCGGUUGGUUGAGGAAGUUUGUCUGUUCUUCUUCGACGUUAGCUGAGCCGCGGCUACAGGUGAGUCCAGACCGACGUCCAGCAGAGAUGACGUCCGCGUGGGACCUGGAGCAGCUGGCAGAGAUCGAACUUGAAAAGGAGGAGGAGGAGGAGGAGGAUGGGAGGUGCGUCCCCGACGGCCCGGCUCCUCCCAGCGGAGGCGCCGGCGCUGACGUCUCCCACCCAUAUUACGAUGUGGCUCGACACGGCAUCAUCCAGGUCUCAGGCGACGACAACUACGGCAGGAAGCUGAUCAUCUUCAGCAGCUGCUGUUUGCCUCCGUCGCACCAGCUCAACCACAGGCGUCUGCUGGAGUACCUGAAGUUCACCUUGGACCAGUAUGUGGAGAUGGACUACAUCCUGGUUUACUUCCACCACGGCCUGAGGAGCAGCAACAAGCCGUCUGUGAAGUGGCUGCGAGAAGCGUACAGCGAGUUCGACAGGAAAUACAAAAAGAACCUGAAGACUCUGUACGUGGUCCAUCCCACAAACUUCAUCAGGAUCAUCUGGAACAUCUUCAAACCUCUGAUCAGCCACAAGUUUGGGAAGAAGCUGAAGUACGUGAACUACCUGGCUGAGCUGCGAGAUCACCUGAACUACGAGCAGCUCAUUGUUCCUCCAGACGUGCUCCGACACGAUGAGAAGCUGCGAGCGGCUCAGAAAGGUGGAGCCCCGCCCCCCGGCAGAACGCCGCCCCCGCGCCCCCCCCUUCCCACGCAGCAGUUCGGCGUCAGCCUGCAGUACAUCAGGGAGAAGAACCGGGAGGCGGUGGUCCCGCCCGUGGUCCAUCAGACCGUCUCCUACCUGAAGCUCAAAGGUCUGUGGACAGAGGGAAUCUUCAGGCGUUCGGCUCGUGUCCAGCUCAUCAAGGACGUUCAGAAACUCUACAACCUGGGGAAGCCCGUGAACUUCGACGAGUACGACGACGUCCACGUUCCUGCUGUGAUCCUGAAGACGUUCCUCAGGGAGCUGCCGGAGCCUCUGCUCACCUUCAGAGUCUACAGCCACGUCCAGCAGCUGCUCGAUGUGGAGAGCAGCCUGAGGGUCAGCAGGUGCAAACAGAUCGUUGAAAGCCUUCCUGAGCACAACUUCAUCGUGACAAAGUACCUGCUGUGCUUCCUCCACAUGGUUUCUCAGGAGAGCAUCGUCAACAAGAUGAGCCCGUCCAACUUGGCCUGUGUGUUCGGGGUGAACCUGGUUUGGCCUCGUCAUGGCUCCAUCUCCCUGUCGGCGCUAACGCCCAUCAACAUCUUCACCGAGAUCCUCAUCGAACACUUUGACGCCGUGUUCGGCUCCCGCUGCCCAUCUGGUCAGGUAACGCCCUAAACCUGGUGUCCAGAUGCUCACGCUCCUAGGGAUGAACUUUUUUUGGUUCACUGGAGCAGCACCACUUGAGUCCAGAGUCUUGAGACUUUCAUAAGUUGUUCCUCAGAGGAUGAAUCCUGCUGUCACCAGGACAAAACACUUUCGUUUUGCUGCUCCCCAGAGGAUGAACCUCUUCUGUAAGUUUGAUUUGAUUGAUAAAGGCAAUGUUACAUUUAUUUAGAGGAUGAAACAGAGCCUUUAAUUGUGUUGUCAAGAGAUGAUUCAGUCACUACAUCAUGGUAGACAUUCAUUUUUAUACUGUAACUUCAAAUUAAAAUGUGCACAAACCUGAA